AUGGGGAGCUUGGUGCCAAUAAUACGGCAUACUGCCAGUGCGAUGCCAAAAACAAUUGAAUCCGUCUUGCAAAGGUCCCGAAUGGCUACCAAAUUGGUCACCAGCAUUGGUUUUAAAGCCCUCGCGACGGCUCGAUUCCGCUUGCUUAGGACUAUGCGGGGAAGUCGCAGUCGAUUUUCGAGAGGCGUACUGCGCGUAUCCACAAUCGCCUCUUCCAAUGUACUCCUCAUUUGCUCUAGUUCUAGCUCCUGGGCGACUGUUUUAUCAUCUUUUGAAUUAGCCACAAUUGGAGAAUUCACAGGGGCAUCCACCUGUGUGGGUUCAUCAACUCGUAGCGCCGCAUCCUCAGCCGUUGCAUUUUCAUCCGAUGAUCCAGCUCUGCAAAAAGAUGAUGCAUCCUAUCCCGGUACGCAAAACCUCAAACUUCUUCCUCCUUUUGCCCUAAAAUAUGCCCAAAAUUCGUUGCUAUUCAUGUGGAUUGUCUAUUGCAAGCGGCGUACUCCAUCAGUGGCAAGUACCGAUUACUGGGCCAGCGAAGACUAUGCCGGCACCAAGUAA